CUUUGAAUGCCCAAUGAGAUUUUAUAUUUGAUCCUAGAGGUGAUAACCCCUGGAAAUUAUUUGAGUAGGGAACUAAUAUGGUCAGAUUGAUGUUUUAGGAAGAUUAAUUGAUAGCCCUAUGGAAGAUGCAUUGUAAUGGGAGAGACUUUUUUCAGGGAGAUCAACCAGCAAAGUUAUUGAGACAGUUCAGGUCUGAUGUGAUAAGGACCUGCACUAUAAUAGCCAUCAUAUCAGAGAGAUGUUAGGAGGGUAGAAAUGAUAGGAAUUAACAAUUCAUUGGAAAUGGGGACUUUAUGAGAGUGAGAGGUUGAGGAUGACACCUAAGAUAUAAGUCUUUAUGACUGUAACAAUGGUGGUAUUCUUGACAGUAGUAAGGAAGGUAGUGAGAAAGGAGAGCUUAGGGAGGAAAGUUAAAUUUAAAAUAUCUAAAAGGGAGCUGAACAUGCAGAACUGAAGGUCAGGAGAGAAGUUAGGGCUGGACAAGUAGAUCUGAGAUAAUAAUUGAAACCAAGGGAGCUUAUGAGAUCACUAAGUGAAAAAUUGUAAAGGAAGAAGAGAAAUUGGCUCCAGACAGAGCUUUGGGGACCCCCACUCUUAGUGGGUGUGAUGUGGAUGAAUGUCCAGCAAGGGAGAAAGCUAUGGAGCCAUCAUACAGGAUACAUAUGGAAUAAUAGUUCAAGGAGACCUACAAUGGAAAAGUCAUGGAUGUUGUGGACCUUUGUUGAAAGAUGGCUAUUAGCCUUAGCUUCAUGGUCUUGGGCUCUCUGCCGUAUUUCUCUUUUACCUUUAAUAGUGACUUUCCAUCUGUAUGGAGGCAUCACCUUACUUGUGUUAAUAUUUGUAUCGAUAGCAGGUAUUCUAUAUAAAUUCCAGGAUGUAUUGCUUUAUUUUCCUGAACAACCAUCAUCAUCCCGCCUUUAUGUCCCUAUGCCCACUGGCAUUCCACAUGAAAACAUUUUCAUCAGAACCAAAGAUGGAGUGCUUCUCAAUCUUAUUUUACUGAGAUACACUGGAGAUGAUUCAACAUAUUCCCCAACUAUCAUUUAUUUUCAUGGAAAUGCAGGCAAUAUUGGUCACAGGUUGCCAAAUGCUUUGCUUAUGCUGGUUAACCUGAAAGUUAACCUUUUACUUGUUGAUUAUAGAGGCUAUGGAAAGAGUGAAGGUGAAGCAAGUGAAGAAGGACUCUACUUAGACUCUGAAGCAGUACUGGACUAUGUGAUGACCAGACCUGACCUUGAUAAAACAAAAAUUUUCCUUUUUGGCCGUUCCUUGGGGGGAGCAGUAGCUAUUCACUUAGCUUCUGAAAAUUCCCAUAGGAUUUCAGCCAUCAUGGUAGAGAACACAUUUCUAAGCAUACCACAUAUGGCCACUACUUUAUUUUCUUUCUUUCCAAUGCGAUAUCUUCCUUUGUGGUGCUACAAAAAUAAAUUCCUGUCCUACAGAAAAAUCUCUCAGUGCAGAAUGCCUUCUCUUUUCAUCUCUGGGCUCUCAGACCAGUUAAUUCCACCAGUAAUGAUGAAGCAGCUUUAUGAACUUUCCCCAUCUCGGACUAAGAGAUUAGCAAUUUUUCCUGAUGGAACUCAUAAUGAUACAUGGCAGUGCCAGGGUUAUUUCACUGCACUUGAACAGUUCAUCAAAGAAGUUAUAAAAAGUCACUCCCCUGAAGAAAUGGCAAAGACUUCAUCCAAUGUAACAAUUAUAUAAUAUUCUUUUUCUGAUUAAUGCACUGUAUCUUGACUUGUGCAAAGUGAUAAAGAAUGUUAAUUUUUAAAUGUGUAUUAUGUCUGUACUUGCCUAAAGAGUAAAAUUAAACUUUGAAAGGUCUUUAAUACUUCUCUGUGAUGAUCCAGAUAGUUUUUACAUUUGAAAAACUGUCAUUGUUGGAAUAGUUUCAUACAUUUUCAUCAAAUCUUUCAAUAUGGAUAAUAUCCAUAUUUUAUUAUGCCAAUAUGAAGACUAUUCAAAGGGUUCCUGGUUAUAGCAGUGGUAAUAAUCUAUAAUCUUUGCUAUUCUUAUACUUUGGUGAGAAGAGAGGUAGAUGCGGGAAGAAAAAGUGUGAUAGUGAGACAUUUUUCUGUAUUCUUCACUUUAGGAAAUAUUGGGACAAUCAUGGUUAGCAAACUGUGUUCUGUAACUGCAUAUUUCACUUCAAGAAUUAAUAUAAAAUGCAUGAUAGUAUUUUAUUCUCUGAAUUAUGCAAUUCAAUAUUUUUAAUGUAAAUAGCACCAGUAGUAUACUAGUGUAUACUAUAAUCUGGGUUAUAUCUAUUUUUAUGUAAACAUUUUAUUAUGUUUGUCAAAAGGAUAAACCAUAAGGCCUGUGUGCAGGGUGCCAUUGACUUAGCUUCUGUGAGUGCUGAAGUCUUUUAUCCCCCCUUUAGUAAUAAGUAGAAGCCCUUAAACAAAUGUAAUCAUAGUAUUUCUGUUGAGUACAACCAAAAUCCUUGGCAUGUCAAAAUAGAUAUAUAGGAUUUUACUGCAGCUUUUGUUGGUUGUGUUUAUCUAAAUUUUUAAACAUUUAUAGUCAUUUUGGUGGCAAAGAGAAUUUUAGCUUAUGUAAAUAUCAACAAUCUGUAGCUGGACAUACUAAUAGCAGCCAUAACAAAGAUUUGAACUUUUUAGAGAAUUAACUUUGAAAGUACUUCUCAUUAUGUGAUUGUAGUUACAUAGAAGAGUUAAACUAUAACCCUUAUUUGAAUUUUAAGUCCCAGUAUCCAUGUAAACCCCAAACCAAAGCCAAGAUGUCAGCUCAGUGGAUUUACCAAAAAAAGAAAAAAGGUAGAAAGAAAACAUCAUGUUCUUUGGUUUUCUGCUUCAUCUGGUAUUAAAAAGAAUAGUGUCUGUAUCAAAUGGUAGAUUUUAUAGGAGGUAUUUUAUUUCUGUGUGGAGGGCAGAGAAUUUCCCAAUUUUGCCAUAAAGCAUAUUUUCACAAUAAGUAUUUUUUUUUUUUUUAAGGUUUCUAGGCUACACAGUUUAGUAGGCUUAAAUUGAAGUAGUAUUUAGAUAUGUUUGCAGAAAUAUUUUCCCUUUGAUUCUUGGAGUAUUCCAUAAUGCUACCUUACCAAAAAUGUAGCAGAUGAGCCAUAGAUAUAAGGUAAGUUGUUUUCAGUAAUGUUUGACAGUUCUAUGUAAAUGAGGUUUGUACAUAUAUAUCAACUUUUUCAGUACAAUUUUAAUUAUAAUUCUCAUUAAGUUCGUAUCUUUUUCAAUUUGCAUUCCUUGACUUAAUAAAAGCAGCCAUAGUAUAAAGACUCAGUAAAUCAGUAAUAAUUUUAGUCUUUAUUUGAAAAUUGUUCUGUGAAGUUUGGACCAGAAAUAUUUUUCACAAAUCACAUUUUUAUAAUACAAUCCACUUCAAUAUUAAAGAUAAUAAAGUCAAUGAGAGUUAUUGGGAGUACUUUUUUUUUUUUUUAACAUAACUGAAUAAUUAAGAAAAGUGCUCUUCUUAAGAAAAGCUCCUCGAUUUUGGAAAGUAUAAUCUAUAUGGAUAAAUUUUCCACUCUAAAAACUUACAUAAUAUCUUGUUCAUGUGGCCUAUUGAGUUUUGUAUUUUUAAUAUUAUUCAAAAGAAUAAUAUAUAUUUCCAUCAAGCUCUAAUAUUAUAGAAUAAGUUGAUUCUGGAAAAUUAGGAACAAUUAGUAAUGUCCAUAUUUACACAGCAACACUUAAUUACACAGAAACACUUUAGGAAUUUGUGUUGAAAAUAAAAUUUUAAUUUAUGCCAAAUGUUUAUCCUCACCCACUUUUUGUUAAAUCAUGAAAAUUGCUAACUGGCAAUUUUUGUAAGGGUGCUAGUGUAUUAUAUCUUCUGUCUUUUGGAGGAAAAGCGCCUCUGACUUUUGUAAUGUAUUGAGCAAUUUGUAUGUGGAGUUUUCUGUUUCUUUCUUUACUAGGUAUUUGAGGGAAAGCAUCCUCUAGUCAGAUGGUUGAGGUGGGAUGGGAAAUAGACUUUAAUAGUACAUCAAAGGUCUAUGAAAUCCAUAGCAACCUGUUUUCAAACAUAUCUCAUGUUUUGUGACCAAAAGUGAUCAUUUAGUCAUGACAAAAUGAAUAAAUUCAAUUGUUCUCUUUCAGACAAUCUGUCAGAAAUAAUGGAAAUACAUAUAUAAAUUUUCUGAUUUAAUUAAUACAAUAGUUGCCAUAAGAAUGUUGUUCCCCCAUGAAAUUUAAAUUUAGUACACAAUUGUUAUUUUGGGGAAAAUGUACCUUAAAAUAGCAUGAUCCCAUUUUUAAGAAUUUUGUCAGGAUAAGGACAUUCCAUUGAAGAAUUAUAAAAGAAAGUAAAUUUGCUUUUGUACUCUGAUAAUAUCAAACACUGCAACAAUGGAAGUUAUAGGAGAUGGGAAGCAUAUCCAGAAAGGGAAAUCUAAAUAGGCUUCAUUAUAUUAGAGGUUUGUGACAAAAUGAGUUUGAUAAGCAAGAAACUUGACCAGCAUGUGUUAAAAGCUCUUACAGCCCUUUUGAAAUACAUAAAUUUCUUUGAGACGCCAGUUGAUGCUAUCACCCUAGAGACAAGAAGUAGUUUUUAAAUUAUAUUGCAUUUAUUGUUUCUUUAAAAACUAAAUCAGGGGAUGGAACUUGGAUUUUAAUGUCUAGAAAAGCUUGCCUUGUCUUACUAGAUAUUUUGGUCAUUGAUAAUUAUAUUAUAUUUUCCAACUUUAAUUUUAAUGCAUCUUUAUGCUAUUCACUAGUUCUUUUGCUGUGUUCUGGCUUGGUAGAAUUGGCAAACAUUCAGUUUAUUUGACUAUUGUUUUAUUUAAUAUUUACUUGUCUAUCCAGUUGGUCAGUAAUAGAGGGAAUAGACUUAUUUUGUGGUUUACAAGAAAUAAGGCCAUAACCAAUUUUAUGUAAAUUUUUAUCUUGUAAAAUCUGAUAGUAAUAUUUUGUAGUACUAUUUUAAAUUGCAUUCCAUCAUAAUUGGAAGUGAAUUUGGGAUAAGAUCAUGAGCAUGUCUCUCAGAAAUCACUUUUUUUUCUAGGUCAUGAAUGGAGACUACUAAUAAGGAUUCAGCGACUCGUUAUUUUUGGCAUCAUUUAUGAAAUUUUGAAAAAAAUGCAAAUAAUGCUUUCAGAUUAUCCAGUUAAAUUGAGCUAUCUUCCUUCAUAUCACUCAGGUAAAG